AUGAAAGCCCUGGCGAAUAAGAAGCUGGGAGGAGGAGGGGGGAAUAAAGGUGGCAGGGCAGUAGUAGUGGCAGGGAAAGGGGCGGCAGCACAGGGGGGUUUCGCGGCACAGGGGGGGUUUGCCGCUGUAGCAGCCGCAGCAGCCGCAGCAGCAGCGGAAGCAGCGGAAGCGGCGUCUGCUGCAGUGGCAGGGAUUGCAGCUUCAGUGGUGGGUGCUGGGGGGGAAGGGGCGGGAGAGGCAGGUGGAGCAGGAGAGGGGAUAGGCAGGCAGGGAGUGAAGCAGGCGGAGGGAGGGGUGGUGGGAGGGGAGAGGGGCGAGGGGCAACAGGAGGGACGGCAGGAAGGGGAGCAGGCGCAGCAAGGGCAGCUUGGAGGCAAGAUGAGUGAGGGAGGUGAGGGGGAAGACAAGAGAGGGGAGGAGGAGGGAGAGGUGGAGGAGGAGGGGCGGGAGCAGCGGUUUGCAUCGGCUGUCGAUAGGGAUGCACCGGGUUCCUCCUCCCGAGAGUUCGGUGGUUUCUUUUCCGGUCCUGCCUCUGGUCCUGCCUCUGGUCCUGCCUCUGGUCCUGCCUCUGGUCCUGCCUCUGGUCCUGCCUCUGGGCCGUUUCGCUCUAGCAGGCCCCGUUCUCUCAGUCGAGAGGACUUUUCCCCGGAUCUACCCGGUUCUCCAACCCUCUCCCCCCAACGAUAUGCCUCUCCUAUUCACGAGCGCUUGACAGCGGCCGGGAUUCUCAGCAACUCUCCCCGAGCCUCUGGGGCUGGUGGCGCUGGUGGCGCUGGUGCCCGACUCGGCAGGUUCGGUGAAGGCUCGGGCUCGCCGAACCUCACGCCCAGGUCUGGGAGGCCCCAGAGCCCGUUGACCGGCCGAAGCAGCGUGGUUGCUGCGGCGUUGGGCGCAGCAGCGGGGGUGAGGAGCGGGAAGACUUUCGAGUCGCCUCAGAAGUCGCUCGGAGCAGCAGCAGCAGCAGCAGCGGGGGUGAGAAGCGGAAAGGCGGGGUUUUCUGGGUUCGCGCCGUCCCCUUCCUUCUCCCCUUCGUAUUCCUCCCCUGCUCCUCCUCCUCAGGCCACUCGCUCCUCUGUGUCUUUCGGGUCCUCUGGCAUGAUUGCAGCGGCAACAGCAGCAGCAAUGGCCGAGGCAGCAACUGGGGCGGGCGAGGGUGUGGAGAAUAUAGAGGGUGGCGGUUCGGUGAAUAAUGAGAGAAGCGAGGAGCAUUCUAGCGAGGAGAUUAUGGAACAUAUUGAGGAGAGCAGUAAGGAGGAUACUAUGGAGGAUAUGAAGGAGGAUACUGAGGACAGUGCCACGGAGGAUUCUAGGAAGCCUACUAAGGAGGAUGAUACUAAGGAGGAUGAUACUAAAGAGGAUAUUGAGGAGGAUAGCAGUAACAACAUCAACACUACAGAGGACCUUGCUGCGGAGGAUACUAGCAACCAUACUAAGGAGGAUGUUGAGGAGGAUAUGAAGGAGGAUAUUCAGAACAGUAACAAGGAAUACUCUAAGGAGGAUGUUAAGACAUUCGCCAAAGAUGAUAUUAAGGAGGAUACGUCGGUUGCAACUGAGGAGGGUCGGGAGGGUGAGGGGCUGGGCAGGGAUGAGAAUCAGAAGGAGCAGGAGGAACAAAGAGAGACGGUGGAACAAAAGGGGAAGAAGGAGGAGAGGAGGGAGAAAGAGAAGGCGAAGACCGGGAAGGAGAGGAAAGCGAGGAAGAGUCGAAGUGGGGACAAGGGAAGUCCAGGGGCGACAGAGGUGCCGGAAACACCAAGGGGGGGUGAAUGCAACGAGGGUGAUACAUCUGGUGGCGUUGAUGCGGGCGGGGACAGCCUGUCUUUGCUGCGGGCCAAGACAGUGGGUGAUGAGGGGAAUGGAGGUGAUGGGGGUGAUGGGGGUGAGGAGGGCAAUGACAGUGUGUCUCUGUUGCGAGCGAGGACGAUGUCUUCGGUGGAAACACAGGGGGAGAGGGAGAAGAAGCACCGGGAGAAGAAGAAGGAGAAGGGGUCUCCAAAGCACCGCAAAUCGCCGUCAGUUUCGGAGGUUAGCUGCGGUGGCGGUGGGAGCUGGGAGGGCAGGGAGGGUAGGGAGGGCAGGGAGAGUAGGGAGGGCAGUGGAAGUGUUGCGAGUGUUGGCAGCCCUGCUGGCAGCAGCACGAGCAGCCAUGGGCAUAGUAGUGUGAGUGGUGAUAUGGAUGCUGCAGCUGCCGCUGCAGCGAAGGAGGCAAGGAGGGCUGCGAGGAAGCAGAAGAAGGCUGAACAGGCCGCUGCUGAGGCGGCAGCUGCUGAGGCUGCUGGUGGUGCUGCUGUUUCUGGUGGUGGAGGAGAAGCAGGGGCAUCAGCAGAUGGUGUGGAGGAUGGACAGGAGAAGAGAAGGAAGGAGAAGGAGAGGAGUGGUGAGGAGAAAGAGGGGAAGGGGAAGGAUGAAAAGGAGAAGGAGAGAAGGAAGAAAGAGAAGAAGGAGAAGGAAGGUAAGGAAAGGGACAGAAAGGAAAAGGAGGGAAAGGAGAAGGAUGGAAAGGAAAAGGAGGGAAAGGAGAAGAAAGGAAGGGAGAAGGAAGGAAAGGAGGGAGUGGAGAGGAGCAAGUCAAAGAAAAUAUCACGUGCCGCGAGUUCGGAUGAAUCGAUGCCACCAGCAGGGGAAGGUGCAUCUGGGGAAGGCUUAUGUGGUGCAGGUGAUGAUGACUCUUUAUCUGACGUGUCGAGCCUCGCGUCGUUCCGCGGCCGCUCCCCCUCCCCCACGCCCCCGGACCCCUCGCGCAUCUGCCUCAACCCCAACGCUGCGGCGUUCGUUCCGUGCUUUUCCGGCGCUGGCGGGAACGGCGGAAGCGACGGAAACGGCGGAACCGGCGCGGGUCCUGAAGGGGGUAGCGGAAGUGGGGAAGGCGGCGACGGCGGAGAAGGGGGAGCGGAUGCCCACUCGGCGGAAGGGAACAUGUAUGCGCAGGCAAAUGCGCACGGGGAGGGUUCCUCUAGUCGUGGAUUGUCAGCAGAGGAAGCCAACUACGAAGGUUCCUCUUUAGAUAGAAUUCCGUCUAACACCUCGGUUUCAUCUGACGACGAGUAUCGUCGUUACGUUAGGGAUCAGCUUCCAGACGAGCUUAUCAGCUUCGACGAGCAGGACACUCCGAACCUCAACGGCAGCCUUCUCCCGCCGGACCUAGACGGGCUUGGCUCGGCAGAUUCCGAACAUGGAGGCAGCAUUUCCGGGCCUGGGGGCGGACCUCGUCCCGGCGCCGAGCGUGGGCCUGGGGGUGAAUAUCUGAUUCAUAGUAAAGUGGGCAUGCGGGGAAGCGGGGAGGGGCGGGGCUGGAAUCCGGACGCGCGGAGUUACUUGGCGGAGCUUCCCCCCGACCAUCCCUUGCACCACGCCUCCCCGCAUCAGCACCAUCUCCCCCCGCACCUGCGCCAAGGCCCCGGUAGCGCUUCCGCCAGCCCCAUGUCCCACGCGCGGCAUUCCCUAGGCGGACCUCCUGCUUUCCCCGAUCACGAGUUUGGUGGGGGCUCCCCGGCGUCGUUUCCGCGGAACCCUCCGCCCUCCAGCCCCGCCGCGGCUGCGCUUCUUGCGCGGCUCGACCUUGGUGGGGGCGGAGGCGGCGGAGCAGGCGGAGGACCGCCUCCGCCCACCGCGCAGCAGCUUGCGGAGCUGCUAGACGGUCCUGCGCCUGGACUUGGGGGGCUUCCCCCUGGAGCAGGAUACCCCUUCGAUAACUAUCCUCCCCCGCAUUUCGACCACUUGGGGGUUGGAAACCAUCCGCGCCCGUCCAACUCUCUCCCCGCUUCCCCCGCCCCCGCUGGUGUGCACCGCUUCAAUCCCGCUCUCCGCGGCAGCCCGCUCCAUUUCUCUCCUGCCCGCCACGGCCCGCCGCCUCCCCCGCAUCACAUGCUUCCGCCGUCGCAGCUGCUUGGCGGAAGAGGCGGAGCAGGGGAAGGGGGGCGCGGGCUUCCGCCGGGGAUUACGGAGUCGUCCAGGCGCGGGCACUUUGGACCGCCGUUAGAUGGACCAGGGAGAAUGGACGGCAGGAUGGACGGCAGGAUGGACGGCAGGAUGGAUGGCCGGAUGGAUGGCAGGAUGGAUGGCAGGAUGGACGGCAGGAUGGACGGCCGGAUGGACGGCAGGAUGGAUGGCAGGAUGGAUGGCAGGAUGGACGGCAGGAUGGAUGGCAGGAUGGACGGCAGGAUGGACGGCAGGAUGGACGGCAGGGGAGAUGGUCCGCCCAUGGGCCCCCCAGGUAGCCCCAUGCCCGGGCCGGGGGGACCUCCUCCCCCUAACACGCUUUACCAAGGCCCCGCGGGAAGGGGCGGGCGCGGAGGCGGACCGUUGGGCCCCGGGGGGAUGGGCGGGCCUGGUGGGCCUGGUGGAAGAUUUGCGCCAGGUCCGCCGUUCAGCCCGGAAAUAGGCCCACGCUUGGGCUCCCCGCCGCCCCACAUGAACCCCGCCAGGGGCGCGGGGGGCGGAGGCGGAGGCGGAAAUAUGGGUCCCCCAGGUCCCUCUAACAGCUUUUCCCCAUCUAGAUCCCCGCACCCGCGAUACUCCAGACCGGGACCGAGGCGGGGAGCUGGAGAAGAGCCGCCGUCGCCGCUUAAUCAAGGUAUAGGCAGUCUAGACCACCGUAGCCCGAUGGGCGUGGGCAGGGGGGGAGGACAUUUGCGCCACCCGCAACAGAACCGGCGGAACAGCUUAGAUCAGCGCAGCCCCAUGCACCCGCUGCGGGAUCCGCACCAGCAGGGGAGGAGAGCGGGGCCGGGGGGAAGGGGAGGAGGUGGCGGGGGAGGAGGAGGGGGACCAGGCGGAGGAGGCGGAGGCGGAGUAAACGGGGAGGGCGGCGGCGGAGGGAUGCCCCCUGGAGCGGGAGACAACGGCGGGCACUUUCCUCCGCCGUUUGAGCUUCCCCCAGGGCCGGCGGCGCGGAUGCUGGAUAGAAGGUUCCGCGGACCUUCCGCUGGGUGGAACCCUGGUCCGCUGGAUGAGCUAGAGGAGGGUCCCCCCGGCGCGGGGGGGCCAGGCGCGGAGUACAACGCGCAUGGGGGGUUUCCGCUUCAUGACCCCCCUCCCCCGCCCCCCCAUGGCCUCCCCCCACACGAGCUAGGGGGAUUUUACCUAGACGAGGGGAUGCCGCCCCCAGGCAUGCCCCCGCCCCCGCCGCCCCACCAUCUCCCCCCACACCAUGCGCGCGCGCAUCCCCCGGGGCCUCCGCACGGGCACGCGCCUUCCCCCGGGGGGCAUCCGCGGGGGGGGGGUCCGCCCCCGCCGCCGCAUCACGGGAUGGACGAUCCGAUUCUGGUGCUGGCGGCGGAAUUCCCGGAUUUCUCCAUGCAGAGCCUGGCGGACGCGUUUUUCGCGCAUGGGGCAGACCUAGGCGCGACCAUUGAGGCGCUGUGGCAGCUGCAGCAAUACCAAGAGGACGGGGACCCCUCGCUACACUCCGGCCCUCCCCGCUCAUCCCAACGCUCCCCCCCCCUCGGCUCUCUUUCGAACUUCGCCUCACCUCCGCCUCCCCAUCACUACUCCUCUGCUGCUGCUGCCGCCGCCGCUGCCGCUGCUGGUAGGACGGUUUCUGCUACUCAAUCCGCCUCCUCCGCCCACCCUCACCGUUUCAGCGCCCACAUAGGGAACUCCCCUGGGGGUCCUGGUGGGGUUGGUGAUUCUGCUGCUUCGGAUGGAGGUCCGGACGGUGGUCUGGAUCCGAGCCUCCUCUCCCGUUCCAUGCCGAACCUGAAACCGUUUGGCUCGGCCGGGCCUGGAGCUCCUGGGCUGGAUGAGAUGCCGUGGUGGGUUCAGCAGCAGCAGGGAGAGCAGGGGGGGGAGAAGCAGGGGUUUCAAGGAAACAGCGACACAUAUGCGAGCUUGUAUGGUGCUGGUGGUGCUGGUGGCGUGGGUUCAGUGUGGGAUAUGAGUCCGUGCAAGCCGGGGGGGUUUGAGGGAAGGCGAGGGGAAUACGAGGAGAAGCAACAGCAGCAGCAGCAGCAGCAGCAGCAGCAGCAGCAGCAGCAGCAGCAGCAGCUUCGUGGGGAGGAGAUGUUUCAGUUUGAAAGGGCGGGUCUUGACAUGGUGGGCUCGAAGGAGGGUCCACAUCCCCUCUCCCAUACUGUACCUGCUCGCACAGCCUCCCAGCCCUGCAACAAGUGGGCCCCUGACGCCAACACCAACCCCGAUCCACCGUCAAGCUUCAACCCCCGGAGGAGCCUUGACGUGGACGCGCUCGCAUAUGGCAUCAGGCGCCUCAAAACGCCUUCUGGCCCUCUCCCGCCUCCCGGCAUGCAAAACGACCCGGCGCGGGUGUUGGAGCUGAGGGGCAUGCAUGUGUCGAAUGCCGUGUGCCUGCUGCAGCAGGAGGUGGCUUCCCUGCGCUUUGCUGCUCAACGUACCAAGUCCCGCCAGCAGCUCUACGUGCGAGUGGGUUCAGGCCUCUACACCAGCGACCGUGCGCUGCAGCACAUGCCAGCAGUGGUGGAGCAUGCGGUGGAGUGUGGUAUGAGUGGGGAUAUCUGUGGUGCUUGUGCACUGCAGCACAUGCCAGCAGUGGAGGAGCAGUAUCUGGUCGACCAGAAGGGGCUUCACGUGCUGGAGCCGCAGCCAGGGCUACUGCGAGUGUUCAUUGCAGUGGAGUGUGGUAUGAGUGGGGAUAUCUGUGGUGCUUGUGCACUGCAGCACAUGCCAGCAGUAGUGGACCAGGAGGGCCUUCGUGUCCUGGAACUGCAGCCAGGCCUUUUGAAGGUGUUCGUGUGA